CGGCUCCCGGAGACGGCGCGCCGCGGGGAGUUGAGCAGCACUCAGAAUGGCAGCCUUGUCCACUGUAAUCCUCCUGUUGUGUGCUGCUAAAGAUGUGAUGCCCUCCAGUUCUCAGUGGAAGCCAACUUGGCCAUCUUACAGAGUUCCAGUUAUCCUGCCACAAUCUACCCUUAACUUGGACAAACCACAGUUUGAUGCUGAAGCCAGACUGGAAGUGGUAUCUCCCUGUGGCCCAGCAUGCCACAAAAGUUCUCCACUGCCAACUUAUGAAGAAGUGAAGAACUACCUGUCCUAUGAAACCUUGUAUGCUAAUGGUAGCCUCACUGAAACUGAAGUAGGCAUCUAUAUUUUGAGCAACAGCGGUGAUGGGUCUCAAGGCAAAUCUCGAACUAAGAGGCAGAUCUAUGGCUAUGACAGCAGGUUUAGCAUUUUUGGGAAAGACUUCUUGUUGAAUUACCCAUUCUCCACAUCAGUGAAGCUAUCUACAGGUUGUACGGGGACGCUGGUGGCUGAAAAGCAUGUUCUUACUGCUGCUCAUUGUAUCCAUGAUGGCAAGAGUUAUGUCAAAGGAGCUCAGAAACUGCGGGUGGGGUUUCUAAAGCCCAAAAUGAAAGAUGGCAGCAAAGUGACCAAUACCACCAACUCAGCAAUGCCUGAGAAAAUGAAAUUCCAGUGGAUCCGAGUGAAAAGGACACAUGUCCCUAAAGGAUGGAUCAAAGGCAAUGCCAAUGACAUUGGCAUGGAUUAUGACUAUGCCUUGCUGGAGCUGAAGAAGCCUCAUAAAAGAAAGUUUAUGAAAAUAGGAGUGAGCCCACCAGCAAGACACUUGCCUGGAGGGCGGAUUCACUUCUCUGGCUAUGACAAUGAUCGUCCAGGAAACCUGGUUUACCGUUUCUGUGAUGUCAAAGAUGAAACAUAUGACUUGUUGUACCAGCAGUGCGAUGCCCAGCCAGGGGCGAGUGGAUCUGGGGUGUACGUCAGGAUGUGGAAGAGGCAGAAUCACAAAUGGGAACGUAAAAUUAUUGGAAUAUUUUCAGGCCAUCAGUGGGUGGACAUGAAUGGCACCCCACAGGAUUUCAAUGUAGCUGUUCGCAUCACACCCCUCAAAUAUGCACAGAUCUGUUACUGGAUCAAAGGCAACUACCUUGACUGCAGGGAAGGAUAAAGACAAUGAAACUCCUUGAAAGCACUUAAUGACUGGUUUUAAUUACUCAUCUGAGGAGAGGCUAAACUUCUGCUGCAAAUAUGUGUGAUAGUUCUUGUAACAUUGGAAUGUCAUAUAUAGCUUCAAGCAAGCCACCUUGCUCUUAGGACAGGGGCUGUGUGGUGCUGUCAUUACAUCUUGAAACUGGGUAGAAAGCAGCAUCUGCUGGGUGGGGAAGAAGCAGGUGGUCUUGCUGAAUUUGCAGCCGAGCAACUGAAGAUUAAUUAGAGGCAGAUCAGUAAACAGUGUGAGAUCAGAACUGUCUCCAAAGAAUCUUAUAAAAGGGACGCUGUUGACUAUCUCAUGCCUGCAAUGUUUGUUUUAAUAAAUCCUAGGAUUAGUAGAAAUGCUUUGAUCUGAACUUUUAAAAGAAAAUAUUUCUAUGCUGUUGGGGGCUGAAGAGUGGCAUUUAAUGGUGUUUGCAACUCAAACAUUACAGUUUUUUGUUCCUGCAUGAGAAAGGGAGCGUGAAAAGGGCAAGGCAUGCACUGUGGGAGAUGAAUGCCACACAAAUAGCGUGAAGGGAAAAUAACUGCAUAACACUUCUAACCUUCUUUUGCCCUGAGUGAUUUGAAAUUUUAUUGGUAACAUAGUUAAGAAAAAUGCUUUUUGAGCAAACAGACCUUAAUAUUGCAAGGACAUGACUGUAGAAAUGAUGUUGGUCAUACAAGCAGUGCCAUUGCGUCCUGCUUUGGGAAACACAAAUCAGAGGUUUUAUUCUCUAUAGCAGCUGGGGCAUAGCCUUCCACCUUGCAGGAUUCCUGUGAAUAUGCAUUACAGAAAGUCUACAGGGACAGAGGUUUGUUUUCUGUUAUAAACCUGCUUAGAUCUUUUAAGGAAAACCUUGUGUCAGCAAGUCAAAUUUUCAGAGAGGAAGCCUGUCUUUGGUCUUGCUGGCCAUUUGACUUGCUGCCUGCAAAGCAGGCAAACUCUACUGAGUUUUACCCUUUUUUGUUGAAGGUCCAUGUUGUUUUACCUAAAAAUGCACCAGGUAGAAGGACUCUAGAUUUUUAAGUGUCUGUCUAGUGUAUCCCUUUGACAAUGUAAUUUGUGUGACAUCUUGACUUCCAUUUCUUGUGUUGUUUGGGACAGGAAUCCUCCUCCCCACCAGAUUGUUGAGUUACAAAUAGUUCUUGGCAAAUGCAGUUCAGCAAUUCUGUAGCUGGAGUAGAGCCACGUUAUAGGAUGUAAUCUGAGUUUGCUAUGAAGUGAUGCUCUGCUCUUAUAGAUCAUAGAAUCAUAAAAUCAUUUCAGUUGGAAAAGACCUCUAAGAUCAUUUAGUCCAACCAUUCGCCUGACAGUCAUUAAAUCAUGUCCUGAAGUGUCAUGUCUAUCCUUUUUUUAACACCUCCAGGGAUGGUGGUUCCACCACCUCCCUGGACAGCCUGUUCUAAUGCCUGACCACUCUUUCAGUCAAGAAUUUUUUCCUAAUAUCCAAUCUAAGUCUUCCCUGGCACACUUUGAGGGCAUUUCCUCUUGUUCGAUCAUUUGAUACUAGGGAGAAGAGAACAACACCCACCUUACUACAACCUCCUUUCAGGUAGCUGUAGAGAACUAACGUGACUUAGUUUUUUGCUACAGCAGAAUUAGAGUUUAAAACAAGAACUGCCCCUUAUAGGUAAAAUCAGAGCAGCCAAAUACUUCCAGCUUAGCAAACAGUGUUGGGAAGUCCAUGUGGUAUGUACAAAGAGUUUCUCAGGUGGGUUGUGCCACUGUAUGACAAUGUCAUGCUACCAUGUCAAUAUUACUAUUUCAAAUAGGAGGACAGACACUAGCUCCAGUUCCAGUUUCUCUUCCAUCUGUCUCUCACUAUCUCCUGAAGCUUGCCUGUGCUGCUUGGUGUAGUGGAUCAAAGGCAAGUCCCUAGUGUGAAGCAGCAGAGCUGGGAAGGAAUGUAUCUAAGCAGAGCUUCCCUAUGCUACACAAGAAAAAUGUUAAUUCAAUUAAGCCUCUCCUCCCCUCUACUAAUUACUAUGGCAUUUGUACACAUAUGCCUGAUGGUGCUUUAUCUUUGUGAUGGCUUUGGCUCUAGUUCUGAGAAACAUUUUUUGCUAGAGCUGCCUGUGAUUAGUAUUUUUAUAGGUGCAGCAUACAAAAACAUGGACCCUCAUGUGGGCUUUUGGUGCACUCAGAUACAAGCAGUUACUAAUGCUUCAAAAUAUGAAUAAUCACCAUAUGUAUCUGAUGAUCUUUUUUUGCCUUUUUAUUUUAAUUUACUUUAUGGCUGUUAUCUGGAGCACUUUUGUUUGAA